UUAUUCUUUAAAAUCAGUUGAAAUUGAAAUACAGGAACAGAAAUGGGUGCUGCUGCUCUAUCCCUUUCUCCUUCCUCUCCUCUUCCACCAUCAAAGCCAAAAAUUAACACUCGCAGAUCAAUCAAUUCGCGGUGUCCGAUUGUAACAAUGUCGACAAAUAAUAAGCAGAAGAAGAAGAAAGAGGUGUGGAUUUGGACGAACAACAAGCAGGUUAUGACAGCAGCUGUUGAAAGAGGCUGGAACACUUUCAUCUUCUCUUCUAUUCAUCGCCAGAUCGCCACUGAUUGGUCCUCCAUUGCAUUGAUAGCUCCACUGUUUGUUGAAGAGGCUAAAAUUGUUGAUGAGGCAGGUAAUUUGGUUGCCACGUUUUCCGAAAUAUCGUCCCCCCAACAGUUGGAGCAGCUUCAACCGGUGUAUGAGCGUGCAGAUAAUGUUAUCGUUGAUCUCUUGGAUUGGCAGGUGAUUCCUGCAGAGAACAUUGUUGCAGCGUUUCAUGGCCAUCACAAAACAGUCUUUGCAAUAUCAAAAAGUCUUUCUGAAGCUCAAAUUUUCUUGGAGGCAUUGGAGAAAGGUUUGGGAGGAGUAGUUUUGAAAACCGAGAAUGUUGAAGACGUCCUUGAGCUCAAGGGUUACUUCGACAGAAGAAAUCAAGAAGGUAGUCAACUGGAGUUGACCAAAGCUACUAUUACGAGUGUUGAAAUGACUGGAAUGGGUGAUAGAGUUUGUGUUGACCUUUGCAGCCUCAUGAAACCUGGUGAAGGUGUUUUGGUUGGAUCUUUUGCUAGAGGAUUGUUUCUUGUUCACUCAGAGUGCUUAGAGUCAAACUACAUCGCCAGCAGGCCUUUCCGAGUCAACGCAGGUCCCGUACAUGCCUAUGUGGCGAUUCCAGGCGGUAAAACUUGCUACCUUUCAGAGCUCAAGACAGGGAAAGAGAUCCUCGUAGUUGAUCAAAAUGGCAUACAACGAACAGCAAUAGUUGGACGCGUAAAGAUUGAGACCCGACCAUUAGUCAUUGUAACUGCUAAGGUUGAUUCAGACGAGGAAACUUGUUACAGCAUCCUUCUGCAGAAUGCUGAGACUGUUGGAUUCGUACCACCCAACAAAGGAAAUGAAGCUACGGCGAUUCCAGUGACGUCACUCAAAGUUGGUGAUCAAGUAUUGCUGAAAUUACAGGGUGGUGCCAGACAUACCGGUAUAGAGAUUCAGGAGUUCAUCAUCGAGAAAUGAAUUGAUUGACUUGUAUUUUGUAUUCUUGAUUUAUAAUCGUCUGGUUGUUUGUGACAGAUAAUUUUGUUGCAAAACACUGACGGGUCAAAACGGGUCAGGUAAAAAACGACAAAUAAUCUUGUGUAGUUAUUUUUGUUUUCGGAUAAAAUAAAAAAAAAUCUUUUCUUUCGA